AAGUAGAACAAACAGGAAAUUAAGGAAAACUUAUGAAAAAAAGCUAAACAGAAAUUCUGAAAGCAUUGUUACUUGUAUAGGACUUAAUCAACAUUAAAAUUUAAGUCCAUUGGAUGUGCAGCACUAAGGUUUAAAAUCCCUCUGAGGGAUAAAUAAAUUCUCACAAUUAUUACAGUUAUUAACAGUAUCCUCCGUCUGCGACUAGGAUAGUGUCAGCUUACUCUGUCCUUUCAGUGCUGCUGUUGUUGUUGUUGCUACAAGAGUCGGACAGAUUCUAUAAAAUAGAAUACAAAGAAAUGAACACUACUGUCAAUGUUGUUCUUUAACGAAUUGCAUUUUAUCCUUGCAAUUAUGCCCAUAUUAUACAAGUAUUCGUAGCCUUUAUAUAAAAGAUAUUAUUUUGUAAACCAUUUACAUUUUUGUACAUGUGCAAAGUAAUGAUAGGAGGGAACUGUAGCUUCACCACCCCUAAAUGCCUAAGCUUUAUAAAACGAACGGAAAGAAGUGAAGUAUGAGUUGUAUCUGCGGCAGACGGCAUUUGGUAGUUUUUAUGACGUUUAUUGGAAUGUUGAUAUCAAUCGGUUCACGAGAGGUCUUCACAAUGGUUGUCACGCAUUUACUCGGUAUUGACGUCACUGAAGGUGGACUCAUUAAAAACUUAGUGUGUCUGAAUACAAGUGCCACCAACUUUCAUCAAGACUGGCCAUCGAAAUAUAUAUUUCUGUUCCAAACAUACUAUUUUGUCGGUACGAUCUUUACCCAGAUACCUGGAGGUAUCCUUGCUGCGAGGUUCUUACCUAGACGUGUAGUUGGAGUUGCUAUAUUUUUAACAAGUCUUCUAACAAUUGCUCUGAGAUUUGCUCUACAAUACCAGUCCUGGUUAGUGUUCCUGAUCCGGGUUGUACAGGGCAUCGUUGAAGGGGCAAUUGUACCGUCCUUCAAUGGCGUUAUAUCACUCUGGGCUCCGAAAUCAGAAAAGAGUGUACUUAUUACUAUUUCAUACUCUGGGGCAUAUUUAAGUGCAGCAGUAGCAGCAGUGACUUCCGGAAUGAUGAUAUGCAGGAUCAGCUGGGGAUCAGCUCUUUUUCUUUAUGGUGGCAUAGGAGUGGUAUGGUCUCUAGUUUGGUUAUGUUGUAUUCACGACGGUCCUUCUUGUUGUCCUGGAAUGUCAGACAGGGAGAAAGAACUGUUCCAAUCCGAAGGUCGACUUGCAAGGCCAGGACAAAAUGUACAUUUUAGCGAAAUCCCAUGGAAGAAAAUAUUAACAUCUUUGCCUCUGAGUGCGAUCCUUGUAGCAUCAUUUUGCAGGAACUGGAUUUUCGCUCUCCUCUUGACUCAAAUUCCAUCAUAUUUUAAAGAUGUCUAUAGGAUGCCGGCUGCUGAGGUUGGUAUAUGGUCGGCCGCUCCACAUGUUAUGAUGACAGUGGUGGUGAUAUGUGGCGGCUUCACUGUUGACGCCCUUAUAAAACGUAAUAUAGUAUCAACAACCGUUGCUAGAAAAACUGCUGAAACUAUUGGUUUCGGAGUGGAGUCCGGAUGCCUUUUAGCACUAGGUUUGCUAACUAAUCUUACAGAUAGGUCGGCAAUUGCAAUCUUGUGUGUCGGAGUUGGUGUCAGCGGUAUCGCAAUAUCAGGUUAUCAGGUAAAUCCAUUAGAUCUGGCUCCCAGGUAUGUAAGUGUGUUGACAGGCAUUGCGAGGCUAGGAACCAUAGGGUCUGUGAUCAGUACGGUUAUAGCGGUGAAGGUUACUGGGGAACCAAAUCAAUCGAAAGACUGGCGAACUAUUUUCUUAGUCGCCGGAGCACUGCACUUAGCGGGCGUGAUCUAUUAUCUAAUAUUUGCAUCUGGGAGGCGACAGACAUGGGCAGGCGAUGACCUCACACAAUCUGUAGGUACCGAUCACAUGCAUGAUGUUGCAGGGGAGGAAGACUACGACUCGGACGAUGAGUCAUCUCCCUUGUUAACUAAAAGCAUGAGAGUGGAGAGGAUUGCAGUAUACAGCGAGGAGUUUGACGAACCUUCAUGGUUUAUGAACACUAUAUAGAAUGUGCUUUUUCUCAUUUUCAGAUACCAUUUUAGGUUUCUUUACCAAAACUGAAACAAGUUUGUUUUGUUGAAUGCUUGACAAUGUUUUGUCUUCUAGAUCUAGCCCAACAUCUUCUCUAACACAAUAUAAUUUUGACCGAUUUUGUCUGGCACUUCAAAUAGUCCAGAUUAUGUAUAAAUAUUCCUUUUUUGCUCAUAGCUCUAGAAAUGGUAUGAAAGGAAACAACAGAAAAGUGAGUAUUGAAGGAACAUGGAUAAACAAAAAUGUCAGUGAUUGUGAAGAUGUAAUUUGUUUAAAAUCAAGUUUGCUAAAUUGCCUCGAUCAGUUCUAGGUCCAUGAUGCCUUUAAUUUUCAAAAUCAUUUUUAUAUAACUUUUAACAUGUAUUACACUGUAUAACUUAACUUUCAUCAGUCUUCCAUGUAGAAAGAGAUUCGUAUAAAUACACUGUGUUGGAAUUGUUAUAUUUCAAAGGUUUUACAGAAUUUUACUUGAUAUUUGUAUAAAGACAGAUUUUAGUACAGAAAUAAAAGAAGUCUGAAGUGUUGUAAA